AUGUAUAAAUAAAUAAUUAAUUAAUUGAAUUUUGUAAUUGAAAAUAAUUAAAUAAAAAUGGGAAAUACAAUAUACGGAAUUGAAAAUCAAAAAAUAUUUAAAAGCUUAAAAAAUUUUCAAAGCUCAUCGAGCUAGUCUCAUACAAACAUUUACUUAAAGUUUAAACUAAAAAAAGAAGAGAAACUCAACUUGUUUAAGUUUAAAUUUGAAACUGAUAUGUAAGUUUUGUGUUCAACUUUAGAAAAAUGCAUUAAUCUUAAAAUACUGAUUCUUGAAUUCGAUUGGAGCAAAAUAGACAGUUAAAAUGCAGAAAAGUUGGGCUUAGCUUUAACAAAUUGCAUAAAUAUUUGUAUCCUGUCUAUUGAUCUUAAUGGGAAUUAGAUUGGUGAUGUAGGUGCCUCUAAUUUAUGCAAGGGAUUGACAAAAUUAACUCAUCUCUCACAGUUAACUCUGAAGCUUAAUGGAAAUAAUAUAAGAAAUGAAGGGGCGAUAAAAUUAGCUAAAGAUAUUUAAGCAUGCUAAAGACUUUUAAUAGUACAACUCUUUUUAUAUCGAAACUAUAUCUCAGUUUAUUAACUAAAUAAUAUAUUGGGUAAGAGCAAGAGAUUAGUCAAAAAGUAUGUAAUAACUUAUUGA